AUGACGCUCAUCCCUCGUGCCUGGCAAGGCAUGCACGUGGGACAGUUGUGGACGCUGGAGUUGUUUGCAGGCUCAGCAGUGCUUUGUUCGGUUGCUAAGCAACAAGGACUCUACAACAGCAUUGCAGUUGACAAGACACAAAAACAUGGUUGUUUUUCGAGCAUCAUUAGGCUGGAUUUGACGCGUGAAGCUGACAGUUCGCUUGUUGAUGAUUGGCUUGAUUCGGGGCUACUCGUUUGGGUGCAUCUAGCACCUGUGUGCGGUACUGCGAGCCGUGCACGGGACAUCCAGGUGUCAGCAAAUGAUCCACCUCCCCUGCGCAGUAAUGAACAUCCGAACGGUUUCCCGGACUUGACCGGACGUGAUUUGCUCAGGGUCACCAUAGCAAACCAGUUGUUUUCAUUUGCAUGUCGCAUCUUCGCUGAGGCCACGAAAAGUGGAAUUUUGGCAACGAUGGAGAACCCAAAGAAUUCAUAUUUUUGGUGCACAACAUAUUUUUUGCAAUUGUGGAAGACUGUCGAACUUUAUCGCGCUGAUUUUCAGGUGUGCAUGUAUGGUGGUUCAAGAGACAAGUGGACAAGAUUCAUUGCAAACUUCCCUGAAGUGACCGAAUUGUCGAUCGAGUGUGACAGGAAGCACUCUCACGCACCUUGGAGGUUUGCUCACGAUCAUGAGGGCAAACGAGUGUGGGCAACCAGCUUGGAGAGCCAGUACACUCGUCCUUUGUGUCUGGCUACGGUUCAAGUCAUUUUGCAGAAAACUGCUUCCCAAGGAUUGCAAUUGUUGCCCCAGAUGUUGAAUGACAUCCGCAAGCAUCCGUUGUUGCACGCACAGCAGGCUCAAAUAAAUGUUGGUCUGCAGCCAUUUAGAAAGAAAAUCCCACCAUUGGUUCCUGAUUUUGAUACAGUGGUCGUAGCAGUCCUUCAGGAUAAGUCACAAGUCCCUGUCCCUGUCCUUGGCAAGGUUCAAACUGAACUGCACCUCGUGUCCAUUGAGCUUCAACCUCUACUCAUCCCCAAAUAUGCACGUUUGCUUCGCCUUUUUGCUGCCUCCGAUUCUUUGAAAGGGGGGCUGGAGGAAUCUGAGACAGCUGGCAAAUCCGAGACUGGUGCUGACCUUAGUUCCUACCCUUUUGGAGCUGUUUUUGGCUUGUCUUGGGAGCCGGAAAAGUUCAUCCAAAAGGCUGUGGCAGCUGGUCAUCCGGCCUUGACCGCCAUGAGCAUUCCGGAAGAUCUUCAAAUUGCCAUCGACAGAAACCUGGCUUGGAACGAUGAGCAGAUGUCCAAAUAUAGGUCAGACUGGACAAAGCACUGGUUGAAGAGGGCAAAAGAACUUGAUGCUGCAGAAAGCCUGGACAGGGCGUCCAGGCCUGAACAUGUUAGGUUGAGAGUUGUUGCAUUUUUGAACAACAGUUCAAACCCUGCUUGA